AUGGACGAUCACCCAGAACACUGGAGUUGCACCCUCAUGGGAUGGCUGUUCUGGAAAGAUGCAGAAGCUUAUCAGGAACGAAUGAGCAAUCCAGUACUGGAUGAGGAGCUCGACCUCGAUCUCGACCUCAACCUCCAUAAAUGCUUUCCAUUCAACCUGGGUCCUGAAGAAGGGCCGCACGCCAAGGAACAAGGAAAGGUGCAAAAUAUAGACAGAGAGAAGAAUCCACUGGAAGAACCAGAAGUAACUCCAACUUCCAAACGUCGUCGCAAGCUCAGCAUGUCCGACAUCAAAGGCGUUUCUGGUCUUCGCCGCAACAAGACUGUGACAGCGGCAACGUCUCGUCUCCGAGAUUUGGGCCAUCGUGUUCGUUCUCCGUCGCCAACUCGACCGCCCCAUCCAUUUGGUUCGCCACGUACGCUACAGUUGCCCUCUCUGAAGAAGAAGCUUCCGCCGCGACAGACAAGAAUCGAAAAGAGAGUGGUGCCAGCUUCACCUCCCCGUUCUGUGUCGCGACUCCAUGUCUCAACUUCGAUGCCAACUUCUCCCUGCCUGUCUACCACUCCACUGACGACCUGUGUAAGCUCAGAUGCAGGAGUCACCGAGUACGACACUGAAAUCGCAACACUGGAAAACCCACUGCUUAAAUUUCGUGGUGGCUCUAAUUGGUCUAUGAUUCCACGGAAUAGAGAAAGACUUAGGCUUGAUCUGUUCUGGCCCUAUCACUUCAAUAGAGAUGACGAUGUCGGACCGCGCACUUACGAUGAGUUGAAAUAUCUCUGCGAGUUCUGGAACCUGCGCUCGCUCAAGAUCACCGGGAUGAUGCAGUCGUUUCAAAGGUGUAUUUGGCGAGCUGUGUGGUUGAACCCGGAGCUGGAUGAGCUUGAGCUCGAGAUGGUAUUGGAGCCGGAGAUUGUCAAUCGGAUCCUUCAGGACAAAUGGAAAGACAUCAAGGAGGGGUGGGCCAUUGAUGAAAGCACGGGUGGUGGACCAGUUUAUUUUGGAAAUCAUGGCAGUGGUGAACUACACCGUGAUAUCGGAUAUGGAGAAUACCUUGACAAGAAUUGCAUCGAAGUUGCCAAAGUCCUUGCUAUGCAAAUGGGAAGAACGAGUCGCCGCCUUUCAAUCCGGAAACUUACAUUGAGCGGAUUUGUUAUCGAUGCUGAUCCGAUCAUUCAGUGGUUUGAUCCCAAGAAGUUGCGAUACCUUCAUUUCAAGGGUCGGUGCAUUGAUGCUGGGCUCUGGCUGCCACUGUCUAUGAAGGGAGUCUCUGUUCAAUAUCCCCAGGAAAGUGAUUUACGAGCUGUACCAGUUGGUAUUGUCAAUAUUGACUUGCAGAAAGACUUGAAUGCCGAGGUGAUUGGUGGAAAGAAGAUAAUUGAAACAGGGUAA